AUGGCUGACGAAAACGAAUUAAAAGAGCUUAUAAAUCAAGCAAUAACAUGCGAACAUCCACACGUUUUCGGUACAGUAAAUUUAAAUCGUUUACGUGAUGUUUUAUGCCUCCUGGUAGCGGCACGGAAACCGUACGAUGAAUCCUUUAAAGAGGAUCUUGAGAAUCACUCGCUUGACGGGGAAACGGAAUCGUCUCACGAAGGUGCACUAGAACUAUCGAAAGAAGAAGCAAAAUGUAAUUCGUUACAUAUAGUAGAUGAUGAAUUGGAAACUACGGCACAUGAAACAAAUUUAAUUGAAAUUGAAGAAGAUUUGAACACAGCAUCUCGUUCGCUUUCAUUGAAUGAUUUGGAACAGCCCUGCUCUACCUUGUCGCUACAAAAAAUAUUGUUGGAAAUUGAAGAGAUUGGACAAAGAGUUAAUCACAUCAACGAACGCGUUUCUGGACUGGAGAUUAAAUUGCUACCCGAGCAACGUAAGUGUAAGUGCAGUUGUGGUGUGAUAGAAUAUGACGAACACCUGCACUCAUCAAAUACUGAUGUAACCCAAGCAGAAAAAACGCUUCCAUCUAAAAAACCGUCUACUGAAACCAAUGCGAAAAAAUCGAACUUUGAUGUGGAGCAGGAUGAGCGAUUGAACGAUGUUAACGACACACCAACGGAGCGCGAAGCAGCACCAUCACAAGCUGUGGAUGGUAAUUCGAUCCACAAGUCAACUUCAGCUGAAUCGGAUAUUUCUUCCAAAACCUUUAAAAACAACACACCAGCACCGACAAACGCUGAUGUUCCACACGACCAACAAGAAAAUGAAAAAUCAACGCUCCCAGCAUCAACAAGUGACAUAGAACGAAACAAAGUGGCAUUGGUGAAAGACAGCCUGUUGCCUAAAUUUGAUGAGCUUGUGGCCACCGUUGAUGGUUUUGUAGAACGUGAGCGAAUGUUUUUCGAACGACUUGCUAACAUUGAAAAAUUGAUGUCGUCUACCGUUGAAGAGCUGUACAGCCGUCUCCAGGAAAAGGAAUGUGUUUCACCGAUUAUGGAUUUCCACGAUAACAGUGGCGUCCAGGAUUUGCAACCGGAAUCUUGCACGACAAAUGCACCGACAUCCAUUCAUCGUAAAGAUGGUACGGAAAGCUUGCUGGAGACAAACCUACGCUCCAUAAUUGACCAAGUCCAAAUAGAGUUGUGUUCUUUAAAAACGGCUUUCAACCGAUUGAACAUCGCCGCAGGUGGGAAAGUAGGGGCGGAUAUCCGAACUCACGUACAAUGUAUAUCGUGUAACUGUGCUGCUGCCAUGGAAGUGCAUGAGGAGCUUGUACAGACGCCGGUUCCCUUUCAUGUGAGACGCUGUAUGAAACCGAUGUUAUCCCGUCAGCGCGAGUGGUUGCAGAAGGAAUUAAAAUUUCCAGCAGUCGUGCCGGUAAGCAUGGAACCCUAUUACAAACUUUUGAUGGAAAACAAUUCUUUGCAACCAAAAUGA